AUGACCACGAGCUUUCCCCCACCGCCCGUCAAUACCAUUGGUAAGACAUCCGACAGGGACCGAAAUGCGUCAAACAUACUGACCGGGCUUGAGACUGGGACGACAUUGGCUUCCGCGUCCGCGAAGGUACGUAUCGAGAUAUAACACAUGCUCCCCCUACCUAUCUAAUCUGCUGUUGUAGUUAAUGGUCACAUUGAAUCCCAAUACUCCGUUCACACUGGAAGAUGGACGCCGCCCAAAUUCGUCGAAGACCCGUUUCUGCGCCUCCAUGGCAUGGCACCGGGCCUCAACUACGGCAUGCAAUGCUACGAAGGACUGAAAGCAUCUCGAGGUCCCGAUGACAAGACCAUUGGUAUUUUCCGGCCGCAGCGGAACGCCGAGCGCAUCCAGCACUCCGCGUCGUUUGUUAGCAUGCCCGAAGUUCCCGUUGAGCAUUUCAAGCAAUGCGUCCACCUGGCCGUCAGUCUGAAUGCUGAAUUCGUGCCGCCCCACAGGACGGGAGCCAGCAUGUACGUCCGGCCUCUCCUCUUCGGCUCCAGCGCCCAGCUUGGCCUCGACCCUCCGGAAGAAUACACCUUCCUUGUGUACGUGAUGCCUACUGGCGUGUACCAUGGCGUCCACCCCGUGGCCGCUCUGAUUCUGGAAGAUUUCGACAGAGCCGCGCCAGAAGGUACUGGUAGCGCGAAGAUUGGCGGCAACUACGCGCCUGUCUUGAGGCACAGCGGCAAGGCGAAGAAGGAAGGCUUUGGCAUUACUCUCCACCUGGACAGUAGGACGAGGUCCGAGAUCGAUGAGUUCUCGACAUCUGGCUUCAUCGGCAUUCACGGCAAUCCAGACCAAGGCUGCACCAUUGUCGUACCGGACAGCAAGAACGUCAUCAAGUCAGUCACAAGCGACAGCAUCUGCGAGAUUGCAAAGAGCUGGGGCUGGAAGGUGGAGCAGCGACCGGUGAGGUCCUCCCUUUUCUCAUGGAGAUGAGACGAAGACUGACGCCGGGCCAGAUCAAAUACGACGAGCUCCCAACGUUCACCGAAGUCGCCGCCGCAGGCACCGCAGCGGCCCUCGUCCCGAUCAAGAGCAUCACCAUGCGCUCCAAGAACGACGUCUUCAAAUACCAAGGCGGAGGCGACGAGCCCGGUCCGGCCGUGGUGAAGCUCCUGGGCCAGCUGAAGGGUCUCCAGCAAGGCAGAGUCAAGGAUGACUUCGGCUGGGUGGAACAGGUCCGCCAGUACAAGCCUGAUGAGUACGCGACGGACGGCGCGAGUGAGAGGGCUCAGAACGGCAUCAAUGGGCGCACGCCGAAUCAGCUGCCAUAG